UGAACAGGUUAAGCGUCAGCCACUCCGUUCCCUCCCCUGAAAGUCCUUGGUUUAUCAGGCAAAGGGAAAAAUUCCUGAGAGGGGGGUCAGAGAAGAACAGAGAGCAAAGAGGAGCAGCGUGCCAGAAGACCUGCUCCCUGUUUUAACUUCUUCCCUGAUUGUUCCGUCACCCUCUCUACCUGAAAAUGUUUGAGCAAGUUCAAACCUUCCUACGCCACAUCCAGGACUUUAAACCCAGUUCCCUGGGGCCCCAUCACAAAGAGAGCCCCUCUCAUCAGGAAGACGCGGGUCUCUUAGCUCGGCUGACCCAUGGUGAGGUUGGGAGUGUCUUCCGGCAGGCGGGAAACAGGGUACGCAUGAAAAUCCGGAAUCGCAAGGAGGCAGGUGUUUCCAGUGAUUUAAACUCUGCUGAUAUCGAAGUGGGGGAAUGUCCAUGGAGUCCCACCUCUCACCUCACUCAACCUCAGGUGAGCGACCAGCUGGUGGAAAUCAACGGGGAAUCCACAGCAGGAAUGACGCACGCCCAGGCGGUGGAACACAUCCGCAGCGGUGGGAGCCGAAUACGACUGGUGCUGAAGAGGGGCAAUGGAUUCAUCCCCGACUAUGAUCGUGUGUUCAGCCAGACCGCCACUAAGACACAGCAGCAGGUGCUAGAGGCCGAGGACACAGCCAGGCACCGGCACAGGAAACCAAACCGGUCGAUGGUCUCCCAUCAUGUGGGACAGAACCUCGGCGAUGGAGAUGACAGAGAAGCAGCAGUCUGCGACGUCAGGCAGCAGCUCCCUCGAGUCCACCAGUCUGGCCAGUUGCACCAGACCUCCAGCAAGGCUCAGGGAGAGGAUGAAGAGGACAGAGAACAGGGACGGAGGCCUCAUAAGCAGGAAACAAACGGGGAGAGCGAGAGUGACAACCACAAGCUACUUUCUCCCCGGCCUAGCAGGAAAUUGCGGUCAGACUUGGUCCCUGGGCCUUGGCUAGUACCCAGUAAGGAACGACUGUCCCGGGCCCUCUGGGGGGUCUGUAUGGGACAAGGAGAGGAAGAAGUACAAAAAGGCAACCCAGGGAGAGGGAAGGGCAUGGAGGUAAAGAGACGGAGUUAAGCCAAGCAACGUUGGGCUCAGUACAAUCACGUUAAGGACUACGCAGUGCCUGGCAGUGGUUAGUGGCACUGACCAUCUCCAUCCGGAUUAGGCCAUAUUCUCCUUUCCACUGUUGGUUUUUGUUCAGGGUCUUCUCCUCCACUCACACUAUGCAAAGGGAUUUUUCGUUUUUGCUCUCCCCCCAUCCCAUUUUUCUCACAACCACACUAUGCAAUGACAGCUUUCAGAAGCCGCUUCGUGCUGUUCUCCCGGAAUUGGGCAGCAGAAUUUUCAAUUCUCUGGCCGCCAUUCCCUUUUCCCAAGAACUGUUGAAUGGUGUUUCCAUUGCUACAAUUUCCAACCCUUCGUGGUCUGCAGCUUUCCAAAGCCAGUGUUUUUGAAAUGACAUUUGUAGAAAUGUCUGGGCUUCUGAGAUUUACCCGGCCUUUUUUUUCCAAUGAGAGGGAAAAAAAGAUCACUAUUGGCAGGUGAGUUACCUGUGGAGCAGUUUACUGCUCCUUUUGUUCUGCCCAAGGUAGGUUUUUGUCACGUCUGCAGAAUAUUCUGCAGCCUACAGGGAUUUCCAGUGUCCAUUUCAGUGAAUUUACAUGGAGAUGGGCUUGAAUUAUACUCUAUCCCGCACACAUGUCGUGGAUUCGCCUGUAACAGCCUUCUGGAGGGAAGCUGAGUCGGUGGAUAUUUUGCUGCUGUAUAUUAAUUUUCACUGAUUAAUCGUUUUCUGAUUUCUCAGGAAGUCUGUGGAGCAGCCUUACCCAACUUGGUACAAAUGUGUCAGCACAUGAGAAUUCCUAACGGUGGGGAAUUCUGGAACCUUUAAACAUCUAGCAGGCACCAGUAAAGGCUUCUCUGAAGCAUUUAAAAUCGCUGUUCAGGUGCCUUUCCCUCCCUCUCUUAUCUUUCAUGGCCAUGCAGUAGAGGGGCUGCUGCCG